AUGACAGCUUUGUCGCAUUCUAAGAUGUUUUCUCAGGUUCCAUUUUUGCACGAAAACAUGCUAAUGGAACGGGAAGAACGGUUAAGUGAACAAGAAAAACAAGAAGCUAGAAUGCUUUAUGAAAGAGAAAAACAGAUAUACAAGAGUGGAGAAUUUGAUCAUAAUGACUGGAGAUUUCGUAGUAGUAAUAUUGUCGAUAAUGAGCUUGAUGGCUCAUCAAGGCCUUUUCCAAGAAUGUGGCCGUCAGCUUUGCAACAAAAUCCAAGCCCUUCACCAUUGCGACCAACACCAAUGGCUAUGAUUCUUGAACGCGCAAUGGAUUAUCCGCGUAGUUCAGAAUCUUCGGAACAUCAGAAUGCGAAUGCAAUUCAGAUAAUUACUGAUAGAGUCACACUACCAUCAGGGAUUUUCAUCCGGUCAUUACGUGGUGACGUUUUUGAUGCACGUGGUACAGUGUAUGAUUUGUCCAGAUAUAAAGCAAAAAAAGAAAAUAAUUCACACACUUCCAAUGAAGUGAUCGAUUUGUGCGAUUCGGAUUGA